AUGGCCCAGGCCAAACGUGUUGAAGAGAUCUACCAAAAGAAGACCCCAAUCGAACAUGUUCUUAUCAGACCCGAUUCUUAUAUUGGCUCAAUUCAAGCUGAAACCCGAUCUAUGUUUGUCUGGUCCGCUCAAAAUCAACGUAUUGUUAGGCGAGACAUUACGUACGUACCCGGAUUGUACAAGAUCUUUGAUGAAAUUCUUGUUAAUGCCGCUGAUAACAAAACUAGAGAUCCAAAAAUGACAACUAUUGAGAUAUCAGUAAAUAGAGAUACUCAAGAAAUUUCUGUUUUUAAUGAUGGGGCUGGUAUUCCCGUUGUUCUUCAUGCCGAAGAAGGUGUUUAUAUUCCUGAACUUAUUUUUGGUCAUUUACUAACCUCUUCUAAUUAUGACGAUGCUGAGAAAAAGAUAACCGGCGGUCGUAAUGGAUAUGGGGCUAAACUUUGUAAUAUCUUUAGUACAAGAUUUGAGAUAGAAACGGCCGAUCGUAAAUCACGUAAAAAGUUCCAUCAAGUCUUUACUCAGAAUAUGUUGCAUCGUGAUCCACCUACUAUUGAGACUUAUACGGGCUUAGAAUUCACUCGUGUUACUUUCAUUCCUGAUUUAGCCCGGUUUGGUCUUCAGAGUUUAGAUGAGGAUUUUAUGGCUUUGGCGGCUCGGCGGGCUUAUGACUUAGCUGGGACUGUACCUGGGAUUAAAGUGGUUUUUAAUGGUCAAACUAUUCCUAUUACGGACUUUAGGUCUUACAUUUCACUUUAUGUUGGUUCGGAAGUUGAAGUUGUACAUGAGGCUAAGGGUCGUUGGGAAGUAGGAUUUGUCCUGGGAGAAGAUAAGUUUCAGCACGUAUCUUUUGUUAAUCGGAUUGCUACACCAAGAGGAGGGACACAUAUGGCCCAUGUAGUAGAACAGAUUAUAACGGCUAUUACUGAAGCUUUAAAGAAGCACGAUAGAGCUCUUAAUCCUAAGCCGGCUUUAAUUAAGUCGCACUUGUUUAUCUUCCUUAAUUGUUUGAUUGAGAAUCCGGCUUUUGAUUCCCAGACGAAAGAAACCCUUACUUUACGUCCGGCUGCUUUUGGAUCAACUUGGGUGCCUUCAAGUAAGUUCUUAUCUGGUGUGUUACAAUCAGGUAUAGUAGAAAGAAUUGUUAGUGCUGCUCGAGCCCGGCAAACGCAACAACUACGUAAGACAGAUGGCCAUAAGACUUCUAAACUAAGAGGAAUUCCUAAACUAGAUGAUGCUAAUAAUGCUGGGACUAAACAUGCGGCUAAAUGUACGCUUAUUCUUACGGAAGGAGAUUCAGCUAAAGCCCUGGCUGUUUCUGGUCUAGCUGUAGUAGGUCGAGAUAAUUAUGGCGUCUUUCCUUUACGGGGUAAGUUACUUAAUGUCCGUGAGGCUACGCAUAAGCAAUUACUAGAGAAUGCUGAGAUUAAUAGUAUUAAGAAGAUCUUAGGACUGCAACAUGGGAAGACUUACGACUCAGUUGCGGCCUUAAGAUACGGUCGAGUAAUGAUUAUGGCUGAUCAGGAUCAUGAUGGGUCGCAUAUUAAGGGUUUAGUUAUUAAUAUGUUAGAACACUUCUUUCCUUCUCUCUUACGUAUUCCGGGCUUUUUAAUGCAGUUCAUUACCCCGAUAGUUAAGGCUUUCCGUGGGAAUGACUCAAGGGCUUUCUUUACUCUUCCGGAAUUUGAUGCUUGGCGGGCGGGACCGGAAGGUCGUAGUGGCCAGUGGCGGGCUAAGUACUACAAAGGUUUAGGAACUUCAACGGCAGCUGAUGCUAAGGCUUACUUUAGUGCUUUAAGUGUACACGUGAAAGAGUUUGCUGCUUUAACUCCAACUGAUUCGGAAAGAUUAGAACUGGCCUUUUCUAAGAAGAAGGUUGAGUGCCGGAAAGACUGGUUAAGAGCUUUUGUUCCGGGUACUUUUUUAGAUAAUCGGGCGCAAGUUUUGAAUAUUGCUGAGUUUGUUGAUCGGGAGUUAAUUCAUUUUUCAGUAGCUGAUAAUAUUAGAUCUAUUCCUAGUGUUAUUGAUGGGUUGAAACCCGGUCAGCGUAAAGUUCUUUACUGUUGUUUUAAGCGGCGUUUAGUGCAAGAGAUAAAAGUAGCUCAAUUAGCCGGGUAUGUUUCUGAACAUUCAGCUUACCAUCAUGGCGAGCAGUCUUUAUGCCAGACGAUUGUACAUUUAGCCCAGGACUUUGUUGGAUCUAAUAACUUACCCUUACUUAAACCGAUCGGACAGUUUGGAACGAGAUUGCAAGGGGGUAAAGAUGCUGCUUCAGCUAGGUAUAUUUAUACGGCCUUAAGUAAUGUAGCCCGCUUAAUCUUCCCAGCAGCUGAUGAUGAACUACUAGUUUGUGUUCAGGAUGAUGGGAUUAAAGUUGAGCCGGUGAAGUACGUACCUAUUAUUCCUAUGCUUCUAGUGAAUGGUUCGGAAGGAAUUGGCACGGGAUGGAGUACUAAUGUUCCAGCUCAUAGUCCUCGAGCUGUUUGUCAAGCUGUCCGGGCUAUGAUUAAAGGAGAAGUAGCUGAAGAGUUAUCUCCAUGGUGGCGGGGCUUUGUUGGAUCGAUUGAACAAUUAGGAAUGGGUAAGUGGCGGACGAGUGGCCGGGUAGUAGUGAGUGGCCAGCGGGUGGAAGUCCGAGAAUUACCGAUUGGUCUCUGGACUCAGAACUAUAAGGACUUCCUAGAGACUUUAGUGGAAAGUGGUGAGAUAAGGGACUUCCGGGAGCACAAUACAGAUACAAAAGUCUUAUUUGAGAUAACGGGAAUGAGUGGUGGUGAUUUAGAAAAACGGUUAAGAUUGACUUCAUCCUUAUCAACUGGGAAUAUGGUAGCUUUUGAUGCUACUGGUCGUUUGCAACGGUAUUCAACGGCUAAUGAUAUUCUGGCUGAGUUCUGUGCCGUACGUCGGGAGUUGUACGUACGAAGGAAAGCGCACGUCCUGCAGAAACUCGGGGCGGAAAGAAUGGUGCUGGAGAAUCGGGUUCGAUUUAUUGGGGCAGUAGUAAGUGGUGAGUUACAGAUUGUACGCCGGAGUGAAUCUGAGGUGGAAGCUGAUUUGGAACGGGCUGAGUAUGCACGUAAGGAAGGAUCGUAUGACUACUUACUAAAUAUGUCUAUCUCUACUCUAACGGCUGAGCGACAGGCUAAACUAGCCGCAGAAGCAGAAGCCGCAGCUGCCGCCGAAGCAGCUGUCCGAGCACAAACUCCAGAGGAUAUGUGGCUGGCCGAUCUAGAUGCACUAGAAGCAGCUUUACCGGAAGAAGAGCAUGUUGAUCCAGAGGCUUAUAAGUCCAAAGGCAAUAAGAUAGCUAAAGGAAGAGUGAGUAAGGGAAAGAACAGUAAAGGUAAAGAGAGUAAAGUAGUAAAAGGUAAAAGUACGGGUAAAGGUGCAGUGGGAAUGAGUAGUAAGAAGGUGGCUGGGAAAGGAUCAAGUAAGAGUUCACCUAAACCCACGGCAAAUGUAGUUGAUAUAUCCGAUAGUUUGAGUGCUAGCUCGAGUGAUAUUACUGAGUUUUCAUCUUCUGAUGUUAAUCCACGUACUCCUAAGCGGGCGGCUCGAACGGCCCAGAAGCCGAAGGCCUUGAAAACAGAGAGUCCUCAAGCAGAAAGUCCUAGUAAGGCCAAGCCCUGGUCGCGAUAUAUAGACUCUUCUAGUGAAAGCAACCAAAUGGAAGAGUAG